AAAACGACGGUCUGGUCGCCAUUUGAAGAGAAAUCUUUCUUGUGGAUCAUCAUUCUUAUUUGAGAUUUUUUGUUUAAGGAGUGUCUGGUUUUACUCUGAAGGAUUAUUAUCGCCAUUUUUUGUCUUGAAGAUGGAUUAUAUGUGGAUAAACGCAUUCAGAAGCCAAUGGCGCGCACUGUAUGUCAUUCUUUGUCUCUGCGAGCUGAGCUCAGUGAGUGGACAGGCUCGCUAUUCCAUACCGGAGGAGCAGGCAGAAGGCUCUUUUGUUGGAAACAUUGCCAGAGAUUUGGGCUUGGAUGUGGCCAGACUAGUAGCAGGUAAAGCUCGUAUUAUUGCAAAAGGAGGCCGGCAGUAUGUUGAUUUAAAGCGAGACAAAGGCACACUUGUUAUUAAAGAGCGCAUCGACCGAGAAGAGCUUUGUGGAAAGACGACGCCCUGCAGCUUCAGUUUUGACAUCAUUUUAGAAAAUCCAAUCCAGCUUUAUCGUGUAACAGUGGAAGUUAUAGAUAUUAAUGAUAAUAGUCCUUUAUUCCCUCAGCAUGAAAUUAAUUUAAAAAUUACAGAAAAUGCUGCAGUGGGCACCCGAUUCUCUCUUGCUAAUGCAGCUGACACUGAUGUUGGUAUUAAUGAUAUUCAGAAAUACGCACUAAAACCUUCAGAUAAUUUUAAAUUAGAAAUACAAAACCAGCUAGGCGGAAUGAAGAUUAUAGAAAUGGUUCUACAGAAGCCUUUAGACAGAGAGGAAGAGGAGACUCACACUCUCAUGUUGAUUGCUUCAGAUGGCGGUGAGCCACAUAGAUCAGGGACGGUGAGAAUUCAAAUCACUGUGCUGGAUGCCAACGAUAACGCACCUGUGUGCAGCCAGCCUGUUUAUAAGGUAGAUGUUCGAGAAAAUGCACCUGAAGGAACGUUAAUUACAACAGUUAGUGCAAAUGAUGCUGACUCAGGCCUCUAUGGUGACGUCACUUAUUCGACGCCGCAUGUGACGGUUGAGGCAAAACAACUUUUUCUCGUGAACGUCAGAACGGGAGAUAUAAUGGUUACAGGCAAAAUCGAUUUUGAAAAAUCAAAGAGCUAUCAGUUGAAUGUCCAAGCAAGUGAUCAUGGAGGCUAUGCAGACACAUGCCAAGUUAUAGUUAACGUAAUUGAUGAGAAUGACAAUGUUCCUACAAUAGAACUUAUGUCAUUUUCUCAGUCCAUACCUGAGGAUUCUCCACCAGGUACAACUGUAGCUGUUUUUAACGUGAAUGAUGAAGACUCUGAGCGCAACGGUGUUGUCAAGUGCUCCAUUAAUUCCGACGUCCCUUUCAAAAUUGAAUCUUCGAUAACAGGUUAUUACACCAUAGUGACAGAAAAUUUCUUAGACAGAGAAAGUGUUUCUGAAUAUAAUGUUACCAUAACAGUGUCUGACCAAGGCUCUCCUCCUCUGUCUAGUAGCAAAAAUAUCAACGUUAAAAUAUCUGAUGUUAAUGACAGCCCACCCAAAUUCCAUCAGUCAGAAUACAGUAAGAAUGUUCCAGAGAACAACUCUCCUGGUUUUUCUGUGUUUACUGUCAGUGCUAGUGAUGCAGACUGGGGCCAGAACGCGCGAGUGUCUUACUUCCUGGAGGAGAAAGAAGUUAAUGGAGCAGCUGUGUCUUCUUUUGUCUCAGUCAACGCAGAGAGCGGUGUCAUCCACGCAGUCCGAUCUUUUGAUUACGAACAAAUUAAAUCAUUUGACUUUAACGUUACCGCCCGUGAUGCCGGAUCCCCUCCUUUAAGUUCUGUAGCCACAGUUCAUAUCCUGAUCCAGGACCAGAACGACAACGCCCCCCAGGUCCUGUACCCGGUCCAGACGGGCGGCUCGGUGCUGGCUGAAAUGGUGCCUCGUUCAGCAGAUGUGGGCUAUCUGGUGACUAAAGUGGUGGCUGUUGAUGUGGACUCUGGACAGAACGCCUGGCUCUCCUAUAAAGUGCACAAAGCCACAGACAGGGCGCUGUUUGAAGUGGGCCUACACAAUGGAGAAAUAAGAACUGUCCGCCAAGUCACUGAUAAAGAUGCCGUCAAACAAAGACUGAGUGUUCUAGUGGAGGACAACGGGCAGCCCUCUCGUUCAGCUACAGUCAUUGUUAACGUGGCGGUGGCGGACAGCUUCCCUGAAGUGCUGUCAGAGUUCACUGACUUUAGCAUGCACGACAAGGAGUACAAUGACAAGCUGACUUUUUACUUAGUCUUGGCUUUGGCUGUGGUCUCCUUCCUCUUCAUCACCUGCUUGCUGCUCAUCAUAUCAGUCAAAGUGUACAGGUGGAGACAGUCUCGCGUCCUGUACCACUCCAACCUCCCUGUCAUUCCAUAUUAUCCACCACGUUACUCAGACACUUUGGGGACAGGGACUCUCCAACACGUGUACAAUUACGAGGUGUGCAGGACCACCGACUCCAGAAAAAGUGACAUGAAGAAUAUGCAAGCCAUGAGUCAAAGUUUAGUGAGUGUGGAUGGAGCUGAUGCUGAUACACCACAUGUGACCAAGCAGAUGUCAGGAAACUUUUCACAGAUGUCAACUUUGGUGAGUCAAAUAUUUCACCAUUCUUCCUCUGUUUUAACUAUUGAUAUUUUUUAAAGUUUUAAGUUGAAAAAUAUACAUUUUUGCUGUAGCUGUACAUUGUAAUCCCAACCAAACAUUGUAUGAUUUGGAUAUUACAAUAAUGGUUGUUUAUGAAGAAGUACAGUAGGAUCAUCUUUUUCACAUGUUUGUUUUUUGUUAGUUUUUUAACAGAAAAAGUUUCAUCCCAUUUUUAGAACCUAGAUUAUGUUUCCUCUUUUAUUUUAGAUAAACACAUAGUUUCAGAUGUAUAUUUAGUUGACUUAAAAGGGGCAAUACAUUAAAAAAAAAAACAUUCGGUGAUUAUCCGGGAGAAGCUGCACAAUUGGCUGGGGAGAGGGAAGUCUGGGCUUCUCUGCUUAGGCUGCUUCCCCUGCGACCCGACCUCGGAUACGCGGAAGAAAAUGGAUGGAUGGCAUUCGGUGAUGAUCCGUAGCCCGGAUCAUGUUUUAUUUUAGUUUAAAUACUCCCUUAGUUCUGUUUUCAGCACCCCUGGAUUUGUGUUCUUGGUUGCCAUGGGUGCUGAUUAUUUUCACCUGCCUCUGAUUAGUGUUCGAGGCGCUCACCUGCUCCCGGGCACUAAUCAGAUAGCCAUUUAUUCCUGCCUUUCGCCACUGAGUUCAAACCCCGGCCGAGUCAUACCAAAGACUAUAAAAAAAUGGGAGCCAUUGCCUCCCUGCUUGGAACUCAGCAUCAAGGGUUGGAAUUGGGGGUUAAAUCACCAAAAAUUAUUCCAAGGCGCGGCCACCGCUGCUGCCCACUGCUCCCCUCACCUCCCGGGGGGUGAUCAAGGGUGAUGGGUGAAAUGCAGAGAAUAAUAUCGCCACACCUAGUGUGUGUGUGACAAUCAUUGGUACUUUAACUUAACUUAACUUAACUCGGUCUGGCUGUUUUGUAUGCGUUAUGCAACCUGUU